AGGAUGGAGGAACUGGCCCGGGAGAGUAUACGCAGCAUCAGUCUGCUAUCCAAACCUGCGCGGGGUUCGGACGUCCCGCGACUGGGCUCCUUUGGGGCCAUUUUCAUCAUGCUUAAAUCUGCCCUCGGCGCGGGACUCCUCAACUUUCCAUGGGCUUUUGAGAAGGCUGGCGGGGUGAACACAGCCAUCAGUGUGGAGAUGGUGUCUCUGGUAUUUCUGAUAAGUGGGUUGGUCAUACUUGGCUACGCCUCAUCAAUCAGUCGGCAGAACACGUAUCAUGAUGUGGUGCGAGAGGUGUGUGGACAGAGGAUCGGCCAUCUGUGUGAAAUCUGCUUUGUUUUCAACCUCUUCAUGAUCUCUGUGGCCUUUUUGGUGGUUGUGCAGGAUCAACUGGAUAAAUUGUGUCUGUCUCUGUAUGAGACCGUGACGGGAAACACAGAAGGAGAGAUGCCAUAUCAUUGGUACACAGAUCACCGUUUUGCACUCUUUCUCAUGUGCUUCAUUAUCAUCCUUCCACUCUCUAUACCCAAAGAGAUCGGCAUCCAGAAAUACACCAGUGUAUUGGGAACUCUGGCUGCUACAUACCUGAGUGUAGCUGUAAUUGCAAAGUAUUAUCUGAAAGAUAAACACACAGCAGACCUCACACCAGAGCACAGUCAAGGAUUGGAAUCAUUGGCCUCCAUGUUCAGUGUGGUUCCUACCAUCUGUUUUGGUUUUCAGUGCCAUGAAGCUUGUAUUGCAAUAUACAGCAGCAUGGAAAACAAAAAGAUGACACAUUGGGUUUUCAUCUCAGUCACGUCUAUGAUUUUCUGCUUGCUUAUUUAUACUCUCACAGGUGUGUUUGGUUUUCUUACAUUUGGACGGGAAGUAGCCUCAGAUAUCCUGAUGUCAUAUCCUGGAAAUGAUGUAGUGAUGAUUAUUGCUAGGCUGCUGUUUGGGAUUUCGAUCAUCACCAUUUAUCCUAUAAUAUUGCUUUUGGGAAGGUCAGUGAUUCUAACACAAAUAUUGCGCUUUUGGGAACGACGGGCCAUAAUGACGUCUGUGUUUGAGAGUCGGUGCCGUCUGAUUCUGACACUUCUCUGGAUCACUGUGACUCUCCUCAUCGCCAUCUAUGUACCAGACAUGAGUGAGGUCAUCAGCGUAAUCGGGGGAAUUAGUGCCUUCUUUAUAUUUAUCUUUCCUGGACUGUGCCUCAUUUUUGCCAUGCAGACAGAACCUGUACAUCACAGGACGAGAACCUUCUUGACAGGUUGGGGUGUGGUGACUGUCAUUACUGGAGCUUUUAUCUUUGGUCAGAGCACAACUAUAGCUGUUAUGGAGCUGAUGCACAAGUUUUAAUUUUCAUCAUCAUAAUUUGCAAUAUUAUUGUCUCAGAAAAACGUGUCUAUAUAUUUGAUUGAUGGAUGAUAAUACGUUAUGAUACUUCAAACUGAAGAUGAGUGGCAACUACAUACUUUUUAGAAGAAAAUGUCACACCACAGUACUGUUACUGCUCAGUUUGAUUUUUGUGUGUGGCUAAGACAAGCAUAUGAGGAUUUUUGUUUAUAUAUUUAUUUUAUUGUGUAGGUUUAGACAAGAAUAAUAUAUAUAUAUAUGUUUUUUUUUUUCAAAUGUUUUAUAUGGAAUGACUGUAAACAGAAUUUGGAUAAUAAUGGAGAAUAUGGAUGCAAAUGUUCAACACAGUAAUUCUUUAUAUUUGUAAUAACUUAUUAAAGUGAAUUAACAUUUUGCCUAAAUGUGAGAGUGAAAUUGCAUAAAAUGUAUCAAGCAUUGUUCAUGAUUCUGUAAUGAAAUGCCAAAAAUGAAACCAGGCAAAGAUACACAUUUCUUUCACCAUUACUUUUUACUUAUAUUGUGUUUAUUGGUUAAUAUCUAAUUAAGAUAAAAUAACAUUUUAAAAUAAAAACACAUUUUGAAGUGUCUAAGGGGGAUGGAGACCUGUUGUACUGUAAU